CUUACUUUUAAUGCGUCUACUACUGAGGCUCAACAUACUGAUCAGAAUAGACUUGAAAUUGUUCCUCAGUUCAACCAGGCUCAGCAACUAAUGCAACAACAUCCUUCUAAUGUGUUUCCUCCUCAGCAAAUUGUUUCAAAUCAGUUUCCUCGAAUUCAGCAACAAGAUUUAGCUUUUCAUAUCACCAAUCCGCAAUUGGGAGUUAUUAACAAUCGCCCAGAGGCACCUCCUCCACAAAAUACUAAUAGGAUCAAUGAAAUUUUAAAAAAAUUUGGACUGAUAAUGAUCAAUAAUCCGAACCAGGACACUCGUGUGGAUAACGGGACUACUCAAUGA